AUGAAGACCUCUCUGUGGUGCCUGCUGGUUCUGAUGGGAUGUCUCUUCACCCCUGCACACUGUGACUGUCAGGGGGAAUGUGUGGCCUGCGGUCUGCUCCUCCAACAGCAGCAGCUGCAAGAAGCCUUCAGUACCAUGGCGUGUGUGUUGGAGUGUGAGGGUCAUGUCUCCUCUUCCCUCACGUGGGAAGUGUGCAAACGCGCAGUGAAGCUGUCCCAGCAUGCUUUGCUCUCUGAGGAGGGCACGUGGCUGCAGAGAGCAGGAGAGGAGCUGACCCCUCUUGACCUGAACGCUGACGACGAGGUGCUGCAGUCCGCAGCCACAAAGCGUUUCCCAGAGGAAGAUGUGGGUGAGAUGGCCUCGGAGCAGCGCAGCGUCCAGUCCGACUCAUCGUUGCUGGAGUCCUCGGAGGAGGGGGGUAGCCUGCAGGGCCUCCGCCCGGCAGGUGGAGGCAGGGAGGAGAGGGACUCAGGGAGCGAUGCCCAGCUCGAAGGGGAGCGGUACGACAGCCCAGAGGCCGUCAGUUUAUUCAAACGCUUCGGUGGCUUUCAGAGGGGGCGUCACAGCUACAGGAAGCUGAUCAGCUCCCCCAGGAGGCCUCUACAAAAGCGCUACGGCGGCUUCAUAGGUGUCAGGAAGUCCGCCCGCAAGUGGAACAGUCAGAAGCGGGUGAACCAGCUGCUGAGGCAGUACCUGGGCAUGAGGAGCAGCCGCAGCGGCAGGUUCAACAACAACAUGCCCGUCACUCGGGUGUGGAGGCAAGACAAACUGUAA